AGUAGCCCAUGGCGGGCAGCGACGUGGCCUGUGAGGGGCCAACGAGGAGGGGAGGCGCUACCCGGAACCGCGGGGCUCAAGGAGGGCUGCGCAGCCCGGCAGCAGCUAGUUGCCCCGAACCGCUGUCCGCUACUGAUGCUCUGGCGGAACGCGGAGCGCUGCCCGCCUGGAUGCGCCUCUACUUCUACGGGAUGCACGGCAUCACCCUGGACGUGUUGGUGUCCUCGGCCAGGCGCUUCGCCCGCAGCCUGGAUCUGCGGAUGUUGGGCUUCUCGUCGCCCUACCGCUGCCUCCUGCACUCGCUCACCCACUUUGCCCUGGAGCAGCUCUACCUGCAGCGGCCGCGCUGCCCCAGCGCCUUCCUCUUCAAUUUCCUGCUCUACCCCUGGGCGCACGUGGGAUUGCAGACCCUGGCGGGCCAGGCACUGCUGCUCAGUCUCGGCGGCGGGCCGGGGGGCGCGGCGGCGCCGGGGGCGCUUGACCUGGCGCUGCAAUACGUACUGGCGCUCUACCACGGCCAAGUGUUCCUGAAGCGCUUCCUGCGUUUGCGGUACCCGCGGCAGCUCCAGCAGCAAACCAGGGACACACUACCGGCAGCCCCGGACGCCCGAGUCCUUUUGGAGGCUGGAAGCGGGCGACAAGGACCCCGGAGUCCCAAGGGCGCAGAAGGAGCCCCCAGCCAAGGUCUGCCAGACCUCCUCCGCUUCCUUUUCUUCGGAAUGCAUGGCUUUCUGGAUGAGAUCUUCUUCACUUUCUUCUUCAAUGUUCUGGGGCAGGGAGACGGAUCCAGCAGUGGGCACACAUCGCUCUGGUCCUUCUUCAUGUAUGGCAGUUGUAGCUUUGUGGUUGAAAAACUCUACUUCCACCUUCACUACAGCCGUGGCUGGGGCACCUGGAAGAGGGUGCCCAUCUAUGUGAUCUUUAUUUAUGCGUGGGAGUUGUCCUGGGGUCUGGGGCUUCGCAUGUGUGGGGCCUGUUCCUGGGACUAUUCUCACUAUCCGCUCAAUUUCAUGGGUCUCAUCACGUUGAUGUAUUUACCUGGUUGGCUAUUCCUUAGUGUGUACCAGGACCUACUGUCCAACGUGUUGUGGAAGGUGCAGUAUGUUCCAACAAACUAAGACUGGAAAAUAAGAAGAAAAGAAAGGAAGGAAGGAACCUGACGACUGGAUGCAAUUUAUUUUUACACAUUUAACACGCGGUGGCUUUGUUUUCAGUCUUUUAAUUUUUAUACACAUUACUAAGCUCUUCCAACUUGUUUUACUUGACGUUUCCGUUUUCCAGACUGCUCGGAAUCUAUAUGUAAAGUUCAUUACUUUGAAGUGUUACUCAAAACUAACUCAAAUUGUUUAACUCAUCAAUAAUUUAAACCUUUUCGAGGGCAAACAACUAAACCACUCUAUCUUAAACAUCAGAAACCGGUAAUAGUCACUGACCCUCGACGAGUGAUAACCACUUAUUUUUCUGUUCUUCCGUAAACGUUUUCAGAUCAGAGACCAGUGAUUUUUACAAGUUCCUGAUUUAAUAAGCUGUUUACUUUCUUUUUAAUGCAAUUUCAUUUUGCUUUCUUGCCAUGUUGACCAAUGGCAGCUGAAAAAUCUAUGUCUUCAGAAACUUCAGCCACAGCUCUUAAAGUGCCUCUGUCUAGUCUACACGCGAGAGGAAGACCGCAAGGGUGAAAACAUCCCAUGAACACAUGUUAACAAGAAUAGUCUUUUGUGUCAACUCCAACAGGUGACACUGUGUUGGUCACAUUUGGUCACCGUCUUGGAAAUGAUUGCUUUCCAAUGUUGGCUAGCCUUAAACACUAUUUAUGUUAACGUUACUCAGAACACAUGUUGUCCAAACUUUUGUAACUGUGCAAUAACCUAAAUGUUUGCCCUAGAUGUCCCAGGGUCAAGUGAAAUUAUACCACCUUCAAUGGUGUUCUAAUGCUAAGGCCCAUUUUUCUACAUGGAACUUCAAAUAUAGAAACAGUAUCUUGGAAUGAAAUGAAUCUGAAUUCUCCCUCUAAUUACAUUAGGCCUAAUUGUUUUCUCUAUUUACUGAUGCGUUUUCACCUUAUUUCUCCCACAGUCCCCUCCCCCUCACACACUUUUUUCCUUUCAGGCCCAGAAUUUGGGGUCAGGCCCGACAUAGUAAUGCACCUUAUAAAUGCAUGAGAGCUUUGGACAGCUUAUAAUUAAUUAAUGUCUUUUAAAAGCUCCAAAGUUAAAUGAGAUGAUGGAAGCCAUUCUAAGAAAUUAUAUCUAAUUGAUUAAUAAUGUACUCUGAGGGUGUUUGUUGUUUUAUUGUACUCAAAGGAGAGAGUGGAAUAGAGCGCAGCUCAGCCAAGGAUGACUAAUAACCUCUCAGCUUUCAGUUUGAAGAUAAUUAGGAAAACUUAGAAUGCGUAUUAAUGGGUUUGAAUUGUCCAAUUGCCUG